AUGACGGGGGUGGUGGUGGUUUCCAGCGCGGGGUGCAAGGGUGGCAGCGGCGUGGGGAAGAGGGCCGCCGCCGCCGGCGGAGGUGGCGGGGAAGAGGAGCGGCGGCGGCGGGCGGCGGUGCUGGAGCUGCUGCUCGCGGCCGUCCGGCGCUCCGUGGUGGCGUGCCGGGUGGAGCGCGGGGCCGCCGGAGCCGGGUGGCCGGCGAGGGAGGAGGAGGAGGAGGACGCGGCGGUGGUGCUCGGGGAGAUGGAGAUCGGCUGGCCGACGAACGUCCGCCACGUCGCCCACGUUACGUUCGACCGCUUCCACGGCUUCCUCGGCCUCCCCGUCGAGUUCGAGCAUGAGAUGCCCUGUCGCGUGCCCAGCGCCAGCGCCAGUGUUUUCGGUGUCUCGGCUGAAUCAAUGCAAUGCACGUAUGAUGGCAAGGGAAAUUCAGUCCCCACGAUAUUGCUUCUCAUGCAGGAGAGGCUGUAUGCCCAGGAGGGGCUGAAGGCUGAGGGUAUCUUUCGUAUCAAUCCGGAGAACGACCAAGAGGAGCACGUGAGGGACCAGCUGAAUAAAGGAGUUGUACCUGAGGACAUUGAUGUUCACUGCUUGGCCAGCCUGAUUAAGGCAUGGUUCAGGGAACUUCCAGAAGGUGUCCUCGAUGGCCUCUCCCCUGAGCAAGUGCUUCAAUGCAACUCUGAAGGGGAGUUCCUUGAGCUUGUGACGAUGUUGCGCCCCACUCAGGCAGCACUCCUCAAUUGGGCUGUCGAGCUGAUGUCUGAUGUUGUCGAAGAAGAGGAGCUCAACAAGAUGAAUGCUAGGAACAUAGCCAUGGUGUUUGCCCCCAACAUGACACAGAUGUCAGAUCCAUUGACAGCCCUGAUGCAUGCCGUCCAAGUCAUGAACUUUCUCAAGACACUGAUCUUGAGGACGCUUCGGGGGCGUGAUGAUGCAGCCACCGGAGAAGAGUACACACCAUACUCAUCUCCAGCAUCAUCCAGUCAGCAUGAUGACGCCGAAUGCUGCUAUGGCAGCGAGCGGGACAUGGACAGGAGCUGUGAGCUGAGUGACAUGCACAGCCAGAUCAGCAAGUCUGGGCGACAUGCAGACUAUCUCGUACGCUACAACACCUGUUUUGAUAGCGAACAAGAAGUCGACGACCAUCUGAGUGAAGUUGAAGAAGGUUUCUUGCGUCGCUUGGAGCGUGGUCUUGAAGCAGACAGACCAGAGGAAAGCACACGAGAGCACUACAAAAUAAUCUCGGAGGUCAUGGCCAUGGAGGAUGCUGAGCUGAAAGCUGAAACCAAAGCAGUGGAGAAGGGCAUACAGAAUGAAGAGGUUGCAGAACAACUAUAA